GCUGUUCCAGUCCCGCCCCUGAGCUCUGUCAUGGCGACGUCCAGUGCUCCAGCCUCUGUGAGGACACGACAUGCUGGGAUUUUUGUCCGCACGACAAACGGGUUUGGAGGACCCUCUUCGCCUUCGGAGAGCAGAGUCAACACGGAGAGUUUUGGGACUGGAAUUAAAUAAAGACAGAGAUGUUGAAAGAAUCCACGGCGGUGGAAUUAACACCCUUGACAUUGAACCUGUUGAAGGGAGAUACAUGUUAUCAGGUGGUUCAGAUGGUGUGAUUGUACUUUAUGACCUUGAGAACUCCAGCAGACAAUCUUAUUACACAUGUAAAGCAGUGUGUUCCAUUGGCAGAGAUCAUCCUGAUGUUCACAGAUACAGUGUGGAGACUGUACAGUGGUAUCCUCAUGACACUGGCAUGUUCACAUCAAGCUCAUUUGAUAAAACUCUGAAAGUAUGGGAUACAAAUACAUUACAAACUGCAGAUGUAUUUAAUUUUGAGGAAACAGUUUAUAGUCAUCAUAUGUCUCCAGUCUCCACCAAGCACUGUUUGGUAGCAGUUGGUACUAGAGGACCCAAAGUACAACUUUGUGACUUGAAGUCUGGAUCCUGUUCUCACAUUCUACAGGGUCACAGACAAGAAAUAUUAGCAGUUUCCUGGUCACCACGUUAUGACUAUAUCUUGGCAACAGCAAGUGCUGACAGUAGAGUAAAAUUAUGGGAUGUGAGAAGAGCAUCAGGAUGUUUGAUUACUCUUGAUCAACAUAAUGGGAAAAAGUCACAAGCUGUUGAAUCAGCAAACACUGCUCAUAAUGGGAAAGUUAAUGGCUUAUGUUUUACAAGUGAUGGGCUUCACCUCCUCACUGUUGGUACAGAUAAUCGAAUGAGGCUCUGGAAUAGUUCCAAUGGAGAAAACACACUUGUGAACUAUGGAAAAGUUUGUAAUAACAGUAAAAAAGGAUUGAAAUUCACUGUCUCCUGUGGCUGCAGUUCAGAAUUUGUUUUUGUACCAUAUGGUAGCACCAUUGCUGUUUAUACAGUUUACUCAGGAGAACAGAUAACUAUGCUUAAGGGACAUUAUAAAACUGUUGACUGCUGUGUAUUUCAGUCAAAUUUCCAGGAACUUUAUAGUGGUAGCAGAGACUGCAACAUUCUGGCUUGGGUUCCAUCCUUAUAUGAACCAGUUCCUGAUGAUGAUGAGACUACAACAAAAUCACAAUUAAAUCCGGCCUUUGAAGAUGCCUGGAGCAGCAGUGAUGAAGAAGGAUGAAUAUCACCCUUAGUACCUUUGUGUCUCUGCUGAAACUUUUUAAAUGAGACAGUAUGUUUUUUUCAACUGUACGGUCUGUUCCUGACAGCCAAAUUAGCCCUAAAUGUGGGUAAUUUUUUUCCUCAUGUUUUAAAAUGAGGUUAAUAUUUGCAUAAAAUCCUAAAACAGACUUCUGUAUAGUCUAUUUAGUCAAAAUGUGUUCGUUGAUCCCAGAUGCUGUGGCCUGGGACAGCCCUCAUUGCUACAGUACAAGUACACAAGUCAUUGUACCUCAAUUGUGACCUUCAGCAGAUUUUAUGAACUAUAAGAUGCAGUCUCAGAGGAUCAGCAAGUGGAGGCCAUCAGUAUUGACUUUCUUUUACAUGCUGUACUAUCGGCCUGCUCGUUUCCACUUCAAGAAUGAUUUUGCCAAGAAUGAUUAUAUCAAAAAUAGUAGUUGAAAUGGUAACAUCAAAAUUAUUUGAUUCUUUCUUCUUCACGUAUUCACAUUUUUCAAUGGUUUCAUUUAAUUAACCAUGCUUUAUGUUAAACAUUUUGAGGCUCAAUGUCUCCUACUCUCCAAAAUGUGCAUCACAGGAGGCUUUUAACUUUGUGAAAAUCCCAUGUUUGCUUUAUUUUAUUUUAAUGUCAGAAGGCAGUUUGCACUAAUGCUUGAACUCUUUUUCUAUGAAACUCAUUAAGGUAUGACCAAAUGCUGCCUCAUUAAUUCAAGCAGAAAAUAUCCUGGCAGGGAAUCUGGCUUAAACAUGAAAUGCUGUAAUAAAAUUUCUGUUAUUGUC